GGCUUAAAAACUGUCUCUAAUUGGUAUUAGGCAAAUGUUUAGGUCUUAGUAUGAGCAGUAGUAAUAUCUUAGACGAGGAAAACGACAACGAGGACAAUGGGUCGCACGAAAGUCGACCAAUAUCGGCGAUUGCCCCUUCUGUUCGAAUACAGGAAGAAAGCCAGGUGGAAAUAACUGCAAGUCCGGCUUUCCAAUGCCUAGAAGAGUUAUUCGACGCUGGAAAAGUAACUGGAACACGAAUGGCUGAACUAAAGUCCAAAUAUACCGCAAUACACGAUAUGUUGAAACACACAAGAGAAUCGGAAACAAAAUUACUCGAAGAUGCAAAAAAUUUCACAAAUGAACUUGAAAAACAAAGACAAGAAUUGGAAAAAGCUGACCACUUCCCUGAAAACAUUGACACCGAAGUUGGAAAGCUCAGACAAGAUUUACUGAAGCGACAUAAUGACAUACAACAGAUAGAAGAGAGAGAAUAUGAACUGCAUUAUAAGAUAGACUCGCUUGAAGAAGAAUUUCGUUUACUGAAGCGUGAGUAUGAACGAAUACCGAAGCAAGAUGAAGUUGAAGCUAAGAAAAGAGAAAUUGAAAAUCAAACUGAACAACUCAAGAAAGAAAAUGCUCAGAGGAUAUUGGAACUUAAGAAUUUAAGGGAAGACCUUGAAGCAAAAGAUCGGCAAAAUGGUCUCGAUGCAAAAGAACUUGAAACUAAGAUAGAAGAAAGGGAAGGAUUGAAAAACAACCUUGUUCAAAUUCAUGGGGUGCCCACGCAGUUAUCAAAGGAGAUUGAUAAAAUAAAUAAACAAAAAAUUGACGUCACAAAGCGACAAUCUGAGCUCUCGGUCCAAUUUGGCAACCUCGAGUCUGAGAUGAAAAUGAUUGAAGGAAAGAGAGUGAGGAUUGAGGAGGAAAAACGAGAAGUGGAAGAUGAGUUGGACUUCCAAAGAUCAAUUCUGGAGGGAAAAGAGCGAGAGUACGAUAAGUUGAUGAAGGAUUUCGAUUUUGAGAAAGAGAGAGAAGCAGUUUUGCUUGGGGAUAGAGCAUCUCUUGACCUUUCAUUACGCCACACACAACUUGAAAAGAAGACGGGGCAUGACACGCUGACGAGAAAACAAAGAGAAAAGGACAGAGAUCUUCGUCAACUGAAAAAGCUUGAACAGCAGUUAAAAGUCACCUCAGAUGCUUUGAGUCACCAACAAACUAUCUAUGAUAAAGUAAAGGACCAGUCUUUGUUAUUCCCAAAAGACGAUGGUUCUUUAUAUGAGAAGAGAAAGCAAUUACAAGCUGAAGUUGAUGAAGCCAAGAGAAAACAUGGACAACAGAACUCCUUGACAUCAGUGGAGCAAGGAAAAGUUGAAGACUGCAUCUUGGAAGAAGAGAGGUUGAUCAAGCAGCAGGAGGAGCUUAGAGGAGUUGUAGUUGAUCUGACGAGACUCGCACAGAUCAAGGCUGAUGAACGGGAACAAAAAGCUCGAGAUUUUAUGAGAGCCGAUCAACGCUACCACCGAGCGGAGCAAGAGCUCAAGAGCAAACAGCUUGUGAUAAACGACCACAAGAAGAAGAAUAUUGAAGUUCAGGUCAGGUUACAAGAGUUCGCGAAGCUGUAUGACGUAAUUAAGAAUGAACGAAACAAGUGCGUCAACCAAAUACAAGCUUGUACACAGAAGUCUGCAGAAAUGAAAGAAAAAAUCAAAAUUCUUGCAAACGAAAUUGAAAUAUUAAGAACAACUGUAACCAAUAUUGAAAGAAAUCUACAAAAAGCUCGCUUGAAGAAGAUGAACUCUCUUGUGGUCCGUGACUCUCUUCGUAACGAGAGAUCAAAAGCUCUGAGUCUGGAAGCAGAACUUAUUGAGAAGAGAGAACAAUUAAAGAUGCAGAUUGGGAAGUUAAACACAUUGAAUAAUCAAGCUGAAGAAGGCAUGGUCCAACUGAGGAAGAAAUAUGAAACUGCAGUUCAACAUAGGAAUGACAGAGGAGUCCAGUUAGUAGAGAGAGAGGAAGAAGUGUGCAUCUUCUAUGAGAAGUUCAACAUCCAGGAGACAAUGAUCAGGAACGGAGAUGUUGCCGUGCAAACAAUGGAAGAAGAGAUAAGGUUCCUGAGAAUGCAGAACGCAGAAGAACAAAGACAGAUAAACCUUGGACGGAAAAAUCGGCCGAACUUGAAACAUCUUAAUGAUGAACUUGUUACAUUGCAAAUACAAUUAUCCCAAUGCCAAGAUCGGAUGAAGGAAUUAGAAAAAGAGCUUGAGGAUCCAGAUCGCCCUGGAAGAGUUCGUCUUCUCCAAGGAAAAGAUCCAAGUCCAACAGAGUUGAGAUCAAUGGUUGAAAACCUCGAAAUUCGAUUGGCUGAGAAAGAAGAGCAACUAUUGGAGCGUGACUUGAUUUUUGAGCAAGACUCUCGAUUGGCUGAUAGAGUUCAAAACAAAGUUGAAGUCGGAAAAAAUGAUUCACUUAGUCUUGCUAAGAAGGUUAAUGGGUUCCAAUCACGUAUAAAAGACGUAACACGAAAAAUGAUGUCUCUUGUCUCUGAGUUGGCUAUGAAGCAAGCUGAAACAAUGCAACUGCAGCAGAAAUGCAAAUCAAUGCAUGUAGAUCUACAACAAGGGUAUACAAGAAUGGAACAAGGAGAGCCACCUAGUGAUGAGAUAUACUUGGAGUGGGAGAAGUUGGUUUCUAUGGAUAUGAGGAAACGAAAUGAAGACGCAGAGAGAGCAAUGGCUGACCAAGAAGAGCAGCAAUACCAGCUUGUAGGAGGAACAGCAACCACAGCUGAGCCCAGACCCAAUGCAUAUAUCCCAGAAGACGAAACAGAGCUCCCAAUACCUCGUCCCUACGGGUCACUUGCGCCAUUUAAGCCAACAGAACCAGGCUCAUCGAUGCGACACAUACGUAAACCAGUUUUGCGCCCAAUUGAAAUUUAACUUUUUUUUGUAAGAUCAAACAAUCCAAAAUUUUGAUUUUCAGUGAAAAAUAUAUAUUUUUCUUGCACGUUUAAAUUCUUGUAUUCGUUUUGAACUGAAUUUUAUUGAACAGUAUGAUUGUUUUUGAUUAAACAAUUUUGAAAGACAGAAAA